CGUACUAAUGGUGAUAUGGUCUCUCUGAAGGCUCGCCGAGCAUUUCUUAGGCUCAAGGCCGUCAUAAGGCUACAAGCUGCAGUACGUGGCCAUUUGGUCAGAAGGCAAGCUGUUGCUACAUUAUACUGUAUACAUGGGAUUGUCAAGCUUCAAGCACAUGUCCGUGGCCAGAUUGUUAGACGUUCCAGUAUUGGCUGUGAAAUGAUAACGAAACAAGAACUUGGACAACAGGGAACUAAUGCAUCCAAACUAGCAAGGGAGCUAUCCAAGAAUGAAUUCACUGCAAAGCUACUUGCUUCAUCACCGACUGUAAUGCCUCUACGCCUCCAUUAUGUUCCCGAGGAACCAAAUUCUUGUCAGAAAUGGCUAGUCCGUUGGACUGUAUCACAGAUUUGGCAAUCACGCUCUAAACCGAAAACACUUUCGAGAAAAAAGCAUCAAAACACUGAAGCAGACAUUGCUUUGUCAAAGCACAACAGAAGAAAAGUGCAUUCUAGAAAAAUGCAGAACGGUUCAAAUCAUUCCACAUCGGGGUCAGAAAAGAAGAAAUCAAGUCAUUCGGUAAACUCCGUUAUUCAGAAUCCAGGAAGUGAGAUUAAGAAGGUAAAACAUAACUUAAAGAAAAUUUCCAGCCCUCUAUUGAAAAAACCUGUUCAGUCUGAGGUUGAUACUGAGAGAAAAAAGCAAAGUCAUGAGAAAUCAUCAAAUAUUCUGGUUCCUCAGAAGAGCAUAUCUGAUGAACCAUUGAAAAGUUUAGAAGGGACAGUUGAAAAUUCUACUAAUGUGGAGACACCUCAAGAAACCCAAGUGGUGGAUGAUACUAUCACUCAUUUCGAUAUCCUUUCUGUAUCUGUUACUCAUCACAAUUCAAGUACUGAUGCCACAAAUAACUUUUCUCAGUCUGAUGUACAUCAGAAAUUGAUCACUGAUAACAGAGAGGAUACUCCUGUUGGAAAUGAGGAUUCUUGUACUAACCAUGAUAAUGAAGGAAAUGAGAGCAACAAGGUUAACAGAAGAGUUUCUUUACCUGCAAAGCAUGAUGUUGAUGCAAGCACGCCAACAACCAGAAAGGUGCCUAGCUACAUGGCUCCAACCAAGUCUGCUAAGGCUAAGCUGAAAGAGCAAGCCUCACCAAGGUUUGGCCAAGAUGUGGCUGAGAAGAAUGCCCAAACCAGACGUCAUUCUUUGCCGUCCCCUAUGAAUGGCAAGCUGAGUUCAUCACCAUCACCACGGGUGCAGAGGCUGGUCCAAGCUAGUGCAAAAGAAGGAAUCAAGAUUGAUAGAUCUUCAUCUUCAAGGGAUGGUACUGAUAAGAUGACUCGAGCAGAAUGGAAGCGGUAACUCUGCAAGAUCAGAUGUAGCAGGAAAGUAGUACCCGGAGAAUUAAAAAAGGGGAUCGAUCACUGACAGAACAAAACUUCAUUUUGUCCAUAUUCGUACUUUUAAUGUUAGAAGAGGAAUCAAGUUAUAAGAUAUAGGUGGUGUGCCUUUUGUUGUCCUUUCAGUUUUGCUUGCAAAUAUUGCAGAGUUUG